UCGACAGUAACUACAUCCACAAUGCUGAAGUCAAAGGUAGAGAUGCCACUGAAGACUCUCACCAUAUGCUUGCGAUCCAACACAGGGCUCAUUCAAUCCCAUACCCUUUUCUCUUUAACCACUAGUAGACCAAAUCAACACAUCACGUUUCUAAUGUUUUUCCAAGUCUCCAAACAAAUGUUCAAGUUAUUUUUAAAAAGAAAAUAUUCAAUGAAAAAAGACUUUCUAAAAAGGUAUCAUCUAUUGGUUUUUAAAGAAUAAAUGGAUAUUUAAAAAAAAAAAUGAGCAUCUCAUGCUUGGCCAGAAAGUAACAUAUGUGCCCUAUGAUUUCUGUUUUAACAGGCCUGUUUCAAAACAAGGAACCCCAAAAACAUUGGGGAAUUUAUGCAGAGGAUUUGGACUUGAUUGAGACAUGAGUGGGUGUAGCAUGUUAAGGUCAGGGUAUGUACAGACACAGUUUAGGAGAAUUGAGCUUUGAAAAAAAAGGUUUCUAUGUCAGCUGGCAGUUACGUGAGCUGGAACACAGUAUAAAUAAACAUGCACCUCUUGUUACUUAUGCACAGAGCAAGAAGGAAUGAGGAGGCCAUACGGUGCAGAGACCCUGUAACACCAUAGAAGGAUUGAAACCGAUAAACAAUAACAAUAUUUUUCUUUCAAUAUAAGCUAGCUGCUUUGUAGUACACACACAUCAGGGUUGUCAGCAGAAGCUCCUUAAAGAUGGGGAGAUAUGUCCUGUGGUUUGUCUUCUUCGCUGGAUCUCUUGCACAAGAGGAUUUAGGAGGAAAAGUCUUUCUUUUUCCCAAGGCCACAGAUACAGCCCAUGUGAUUUUAAAGCCAAUGAUAAAAAAGCCAAUAGAGAGUUUCACUGUUUGCCUGGACUCCUACACCGAAUUGACUCGAGAACAUUCCCUUUUCUCUUUGUCCGUUCCUGGAAAGGAUAAUGCUCUUCUUAUCUACCCAAUUCCACCAAAAACAUGUCGGUUCAUGCUAAACCAAGAAUUUGUAGAUCUCAGAGUCCACCCCGAGGUUUUUGACUGGAAACAUACCUGUGUAAACUGGGAAUCUGCGACUGGAGUGAUUCAGCUGUGGAUCAAUGGAAAACUGUAUCCCAGAACUGUUUUAAAGAAAGGGCCACUGAUUGAUACUCAGGCCAGAAUUAUCCUGGGACAGGAACAAGAUUCAUAUGGUGGUGGCUUUGACAUCAGUCAGUCUUUUAUGGGUGAGAUAAGUAAUGUACACAUGUGGGAUUAUGUACUGACCCAGGAAGAAAUACAGAAGGCUUUGGCUGGAAAAAAGGAUAUGAAUGGCAACAUCAUUAACUGGAGAUCAUUGCAGUAUGAGAUUAAAGGAGAUGUGUCUGUCCAUCCUAAACUACAAUGCAGAUCUCUGGAUAAUAAUUAUAACUUGCAAUCUUCAUGCUAUGAAAAUUAAUACAGUAUGUUGCAUGAUAAAGUCACUUGUCACUAUUCUAUACUGGUUUUAUUCUGAUCUAUUCAGGAUCUAAAUGCUUUAUACCUGUAAGCGCUCAUAAUCAGAUCAUUCUAUUCAUUGUGAUCCGGGAUACUUCUAAUAUAAACCACAAAAUGUGUUGAUUUCUAGAAGUGUCCCUGAUUGUUCUCAUGUUAUAGUCACCUUGCUAUCAAUGUAUUGUGCCAAGGUUUUGCAAGUUCUGAUAAUAGCCCGUGUGUUUAUGUGCUCUACAGGCUUUAUUUUAGUUUAUUGAAGGAAGCAGGAAGUCUAUUGAGCCUUAAAUGUCUGAUAAUUGACAGUAAUAGUAACUCUGUGCCCCAUUUCUGGGGCUUCAUAAUGCUACAUGAAGACAAGGAGAAGAUAAACAGAUAGUGAUGUGUUACAGUACUUUUACAGGGUGGGAUGCAUUUUUUUGAAACUGUUUAUGGUUAUUAAUUGGAAACCCAAACUGAAGAAACAGUCUUUGUGGAUUGGUGAAUGUCUAUUGACUCCAGGCUGGGAGUUUAACACUCAUUAAACACUUUAUGAAACAAAACCUGUUAAUGUGAUCACCUUCAUUUUUGGGAUAUUUCAUCUGUGACCUGUUCUCGAAAGAAACAUUACCAUGGAUAUUGAGGUGGACAUGUUCUCCUAUUACUAUGUUAGCACACUGUGGGAUAAAGCUUGAUCCCUGAGUAGUUCUACAACAGCUGUAGUCAUUUAGUUUGCUGGAAAAGCUUAUUGGAUCUGUAAUGAAACUUUAUCCUAUGACUGAAUGAGAAUGGAAUGGCCCUGCAAGCCUCAUAAGUGCCAACUGGUUCAAUAACCCAUUUUAUGAAGUUAUCAAGUUGGCAUAAUGAUUGUUGUAACUUGAUUUUCUAGUUUGUAAUAAGCUAAUUUGCCCAAGUUAUCCUUUGUAUGCUUUUAGCAAAUAAAGAAGCCCAUAUUAUUUA